UCCAAACGUCAGACGCAAAUGUUGGAUCAUCGAAAUCAUCUAAAUUGCUUCGCACGUAAACAAAUCACAGAUUUUAGUGAAAUUUCAUGUGAAAUUUUCCAGUGAGCAAGGCACUGGUGCUCAUUGGGGCACGCAUUUCUACGGAGUCAAAGUGUGGCUCCAUCAGGAUCUGGAAUCAGUGCGACCUCAUUCGGUGUAUUUUGUGGAAUAAUUAAUAUCGCCCAAACGCAUUCGGGGAUUGAUUCGACUGGAAGAAGAAAACAUACUUUGCAAAAUUCCCGUACAUAAAUACAAACGUGAGAGCUGUCGAGCAUCGUUCGGUAAGAUAUCACAGAUGUUCGGGAUCAUAGCGGCUGAUGCUGAUGCCUGGUGAAAGAGUGAUUCACUGGUAAACCGUAGGUGUCCAGUGAUAGGUCCGACAGCUGUCGGUGCUUUGUCCGGAAGAGUCGUAUAGAAAAUCCCUCGAACACAAUGCUGACGCACAAAAAUAAUCAGGGCGGCCGGAAGAAGAUGCAAGUAUCGUUCGUGAUUCGGGACGCAGAAGAGAAACGGCACCGCAAUGGCGUAAACGCUCUCCAACUGGACCCGGUCAACGGGCGGCUUUAUUCGGCCGGCCGGGACGCAAUCAUUCGCGUGUGGAACUCGACCCAAACCAAUUCCCAGGAACCGUACAUCCAGAGCAUGGAACAUCACAACGAUUGGGUGAACGAUAUUGUGCUUUGCUGUGGUGGUAGAAAUUUGAUCAGUGCCAGCUGCGAUACGACGGUCAAAGUGUGGAACGCUCACAAAGGAUUCUGCAUGUCAACACUCAGAACACACCGAGACUACGUGCAGGCGUUGGCGUACGCAAAGGAUCUCGAACAGGUCGCAAGCGCAGGACUUGACAAAGCCAUUUUCCUGUGGGACGUGAACACACUGACAGCGCUGACCGCCUCAAAUAACACCGUUACAACGUCCAGUAUCUCUGGCUCGAAGGAUUCGAUCUACAGUCUAGCGAUGAAUCCCUCCGGAACGAUCAUCGUGAGUGGAUCCACUGAGAACACUCUUCGGAUUUGGGAUCCCCGGUCUUGUAAUAAAAUUGCGAAACUCAAGGGUCACACGGAGAACGUGAAGGCGCUUGUGGUUUCCGACGAUGGUACACAGGUUGUAUCGGGCAGUUCCGAUGGGAAGAUCAAACUGUGGAGCAUUGGACAGCAGCGAUGUGUGCAGACUAUUAGUGUACACUCCGAAGGUGUGUGGGCUUUGCUCAUGACGGAAAACUUUUCGCAUGUUAUUUCCGGCAGCAGGGACAAAAAAAUUAUUAUGACGGAGCUGCGCAACCCAACGAAUAGUGUGCUCAUCUGUGAGGAGAAAGCACCGGUGCUGAGUUUGUGUUACAAUAUCGACCAAACCGGUGUAUGGGCAACGACUUGGAACAGUGACAUUCGCUGUUGGAAGCUGAACAAGACAGAUAAACUGAGCAGCUAUAGUUACAGCAGUAAUAGCAGUAUCAACAGUGGCGGCGGGGGAUCCGUCGUCGGGAGCGGUGGUGGAGAUGGAAGUCAAGUAACAAACCCUGCGGCGGUGGGAUCAACAAAUACCGGGAGCUCCACCAGUAGUCAAGGAAAAGGUUACGAAGUUGCAUGCAUUAAGGGCGGAGCAGCAAUCAAGAAGUAUCAUGUUCUAAAUGACAAACGAUCCAUGCUGACGAAGGACAGCGAGCAGAAUGUGGCAAUUUACGACGUUUUGAAGGUGAAGAAGGUGGAAGACCUGGGAAAGGUUGAUUAUGAAGAGGAAAUUAAGAAAAGGAGCCAGCGGGUUUUUGUUCCAAAUUGGUUCACCGUGGAUUUGAAGACGGGGAUGCCAACAAUCGUACUGGGCCAGGAUGAGGUAGACUGCUUUGCAGCGUGGGUCUCUGCCGAAGCUGGACUUCCGGAGCACGCUGAGUCAGGCUCGGAUCCGAAGGUUAAUUACGGCAGUUUGCUGCUUCAAGCACUGUUAGAGUAUUGGAAACCACCACCGCCUCAUCAUCACCUACAGGGUGGGCCCGAUAUGGAGAAUGGUUGCGACGGGGACAUCCGGGGAAAUGAUUACUUCAUAGUUCCGAAACAUACGCCAAUCAUUUUCAGUGAAGUAGGCGGCCGAAACGUGUGUCGAUUGCUGGUGAAGGAUGCCGCCGGUGAAACAGAGAGUGCUCUGCUAAGCGAAACAGUUCCUUCCUGGGUAACCAACGUGGUAAUCGAAAGGACAAUUCCCAAGUUUAUCAAGCUUCCUUUCUAUCUGAUGGCACAUCCGUCGAUGCUGAAGCAGGAUCGCAGUAAAAAGCUUGAUUUAAUCAACCAGGAACGGCUGAUCGCGAACGAGUUCAUCCAGUGUCGGAAGGUGUGCGAGCACGUGCUGGAGAAGGUGCUCGGCGCCGACCUUCCUGCCAGCACUGGCAACUCCAACUCGUCCCAGAACAACAGCCAAAGUGAUGCCAACUCGGAGAGCAGCCAGGUGCCGGCCGAGGAACGAAUCGAAUUAUUGUGCAAUGAUGUGGUCUGUGACCCCAACAUGGAUCUCCGAACGGUGCGGCACUUCAUCUGGAAGCAAUCAUCCGACCUCACGUUUCACUAUCGAACAAAGUCGAACUAGGUGUAGAUAGCUCUGUAACAUACAACUAGCAGUGUACGUACAUGAAUGAUGCGGCAAAGCUAAUUCGCGAAAGCAGCAGGGGGCAGCUUUUCGGUGUUAAUCGAUUGAUGAAAAAAAAACUUCAGCUACUUGAGUUUACAAAAUGUCGACUUCCGAUUUAUUCUACGGCCUCCUCUCAAGAAGCAUGUUGAGCUCGAACCGUACGCGAAAAGGUAUGUUGCACGGGAUGAGUGUUUCUAGUUAGGGUGUAGGAAUGUUAUUACCUUUUUAAUAAUUUAUUUACACACUCUGGGCAAUUCUAACAUCGUAGAAGUACUUUCUCUGUUUUCUUUUUUCGCAAAACUAGUUCUUGAUCUCGAUUGGAUCGCAUUUAGUUUUACCCCGUCAACUAACUGUGUCAACUAAUUCCAGUGUGUUAGAUAAUAUUGUAGUAUGGAGCAAAAGCUGUGUACGCUGCAGAUGCUGCGAUUAUUGGAGAAAGUGUCGCGAGGGUAAUAAUCAUUGCCAAUUCAUUUAGGGAAACAAAAGUUUGGAGAAACAUAUGCUUAGCUAAGCUAGGACAACAUAGAACAAAAACUAACUAAGACAGUUCGCAGGUGAUCUGUCGUUAUCUAUGAAAAAACUCUAUACUUAUUGUAAUAUUCUAACAAUUAUUAUUAUCAGCGAGAAGUAAAAGCAAACAGAGUAACAAAAAACCACAGAUAGACAGGAGACGGACGCAUGUACGAAAUUUUCGACUACUUCAGUGCUAGAUUUAGAUAAGAGAAAAGUAAUGCAGUGCUGGAAAUAAUAAAGUAAAUAAGACCAAUCAAUUUAUUUUCCUACUAGUUUCAAAAUUUCUUCAACCAUAUUGUUUGUAUUUCAAAUUAGUGUGUGUGUUUAUUUAUUCUCGCGAGGUACAUAUCCCAUUCAGUUUAAUGUACCUUUGUAGACGAUCAAUCCGGCGCAUUCGAACGAUUGCUGACUUAGUCUCGAGAUACAACCAACUUCGGUCAAUUUGUUUUUCUCACAUUUAUGUACACUACACAUAAAAAAGUACAGGUAAACUUCGAUAUAACGUACAUUUCAUUUUCAAAUUUGUACGUUGUAUCGAAUUGUACGUUAUAUCGAAGCAUAAUAAAGUACUCACAAACGUAGUCUAUAAUACAUUAUUGUGUUGCUGUUUAAGUACAGUUAAUGAAUAACUUCAAUCAGAAGACGAAGCCAGCCUUUCUCAUGAUGUUUCCCUUCGUACUGUUGAUUAAAGCUUUAUUCAUUUAGAAUCCGGAAUCACAAAACCAGCUGUAUUUCGGGAUUGAUUGAAGGUACAAAACUUGUUUUAGCAUCACAAUACAGAUAAUUCAUUGUUCUAUUAGAAAAAUAAAAUUGAAAAAAAAAUUCCUUUAUACUUUGGAAAUGUGUACGUUAUAUCGAGGUAAAAUGUACGUUAUAUCGAGUGACGUUAUAUCGAGGGUACGUUAUAUCGAAGUUUCCCUGCACUAACAUAAAAAAGACUUCGGCAAAAUAUUGUCAACCUGCAUGUGAGGUGCGGUCUAAAUUACAACGAUGGUGAUAUCAAAUCUUUUUAUUUGCUUGAAUUUAUUUUCAAACUAUGCCAGUAUUUAUGUGUCAUCGUCGCUGUCGCCGAGGUAUAAACAUGAAACUGGAAACUGGAAACUGGUAUAAACAUGAAUUGGAAUACACAAGUUGCCUACGUGUGUUGGUAUUUCAGCGAAUAUAAGCUAUGAACCACUUCAACAUAUACUUUCUUAAUUCCAACACUGCAAAUAUAUUUCCGUAAAACAAA